UUUCGAAUUCGAUCGCGCCUUGUCUAUAUUUCAUAUGGUUGAAGAAGAGGUCCGAUCAUAAUGAGGCAUUGGAAUCCCACUUCUGACUUAUUCUGCGUCCAUUACUGUGUAUUAUUCCAGGAAUCAAUAUGUCAAGAAGGAAACAGCUGGAUAACAAGCUUAAAAUGUCCAACAUCUGACUGGUAAAGAAAACGUACUGCAAUACAAAUUAAUAUUUGCCUAAAAUUUAUAAUUAUAUGCUCAAAUAAGCUAUACAAGAUGGCAGGUGAAAAUUUUUUACGAACGCAGCAGUAUUUAAAGACACUUGAUAAUGAUAAAUGUUCAAAUACCAUAGCAGCAGAAAAUUCUAGCAGUGUGUUUGAGAAAAUGCAGUUGACUCUAACAACUAAUUGUACAAACUCCGAGUUUGCAGAGUCACCGAAAGUUAUAUAUGUCAAUCCUAAUUAUGGACGUAUAAAACACGUAAUACAUAUUAAUCCAAACAUACAUGCCAAUGUAUCCAUGCAUGUGAAUGCCAAAUUAAACUCAAAGACAUCAACCCACCUGAAUUCAAACGUUAGCACUAAAAAAUCGAUUUACCUGAAUCCAAAGAUUGUGAAAAAUAUGGAUGUUAUACAUCAUCUACAAAAAGAAGAAAACAAGAGUAUUUCUAGUACUGGAAGUUCUCAAACAAAUACUUUGAAAGGAAAAAUACAGAAUUCAGUAUACGUUAAUCCGAAGUUACUAGAAAAAUUUUCUUUUGCAGAAAUUGAGAAAAAUACUCCAUCAGAGAAGAAAAUAGUUGCCGAACAUAUCAGUUAUACCGUUUGUUCAGAAUUGAAUGUAAAAAGUGUAAUCCAAAAAAAAAGUCAACCUUCGAAUGUCAUACCAUUGCCAUGUACGAACGUUAUACGGUUAAAGCGAUAUUCGAAAGGUGCGUCUAGUACGUCGAUUGCUACUUCAAAUAAAGUCAAAAGAAUUUCUGGCACAGGAUUAAAAAUCGCUAACGUCAAAGACAGUGCCUUUUUAUCUACUAAAAGUGGUUCUUGUCAGUUAGAUAAUCUGUUGCAAUUCGUGAAAUGUAAAAAUAAAGUAAGUCAAUACAAGUUCGAUAAAAUGGUAGUUCAAAAAAGAAAAACGAAAAGCUCUGGGUUUACUAGAACAGAAAAACUGAGAAAUUCAAUGAAAUUAGUGUCGAUUGGUGGCAUUUCAUAUAAAUCUUCAAAGAAUCAAUUAGUUCGUAGAACCAGCACCAAUCUUACAAAAAGGAAACGAAUUAUUUCACGUGAAGGUCAUGAACAAUUUUCCAUAACUUCUGAUGGAAAAGUACUUCUUAGAUUAAAUGGCACAAGAAAAUGCCAAACUCACAUGAAUCACUCGGGCAUUACAGUGAAUAGAAGUAAAACAACAUUAAUUAGAAGAAAGUCUAUCCCUCUAGUAAAACAAAAUCUGAAAGGAAAUAUCAGCAAUAAGGUCAAGCAGAGAAGUAUACAGAUCUUAAGGAACAAAAUGCGCAAGAACAACCAGCCGUGUCUUUUCUUCCAAAAGUUCGGCUAUUGUGCUAAUCAAGAUAUUGGAAAGUGCCACAAAGUGCAUGAUAAGAAGCAAGUUGCUCUUUGUAAGAAUUUUCUCCAGGGAAAAUGUAUUUUGGAUCUUUGUGGGCUGUCUCAUGAUGUCGGACCCGAGAAAAUGCCGACAUGCAAGUACUUUUUAGAAGGCUGCUGUACUCGCGAUGCCUGCCCAUAUCUGCAUGUUAAAGUUUCAGCGAGCACUCCUAUCUGCCACCAAUUUUUACAAGGUUACUGUGAGAAGGGUAACAAGUGUAAACAACGUCAUAUAUAUAUAUGCCCUGAAUUUGAAAAGGCAGGCAAUUGCAGUAAGAGUAAGCAUUGUCCUUAUCCCCACAAAUCCAAGACAUCGAAGAUUUCUUCUACGCUGCAAAAACGGAGUGAUAUGCCACCAUUUAAAGUCCAAGAGUCCACGGUUGUUACUGUUGAAUGUAGAAAACGGUAUUACGAUAACUGUAGUGAUGAUCUUGGGAAAAAAAGAGAACAUUUAUUUCAAAAAUUGGAAAUAGUAAAGUUUGUACGAGCGGGCCAAUCAGAAGAAUCAAUUAAUGAUAAAGAAAUAAGUGACAGUGAAAAUGGUUUAGAACAUAACAAAGAACGAGACCUCGUAUUAAAAGGACCAAAAAGACCACCCAUCGGACCUUUACCUUCUUAUAUUCCAAUUAAUUAAAGUUCAAUUUAUAUUUUUUAGCUACUUUGGUUUGUUGUGUCUUUCUUCAAAACCAUCAGUAAAUGUUAUAAAAAUGUACUCUUAUUCAUAUCAUCAGUUACUUAUCAAAUGUGUGUAUAAAAGUAAAUAAAUAAGGUUUUUACUCUAAUGAUUAGUAAAUGAAUAACGACAAAUUAUGUUUAUAAAUAGGAAUUCCCACGCUUCUCACAGUGGGAGAAAAUCGAAAAACUACGACAAAAUAUGCGGUAUUAGUAACCUUUUUACUUGAUAUAACUUCAGUCUCAAAUCCACCUUAUAUUCUUUUAUUCCAGCUCUUCGAGAUGUUGAUAUGGCUAAGAUUAUGCGAACGAGCGAGCUUCUAGGGCUUCAGUUAAAGUUCUGAGUUAAUGAUAUUACUUUCUGAUCGGUGGCGAGAAUGAAAAUAUUACCGAGAAUAUAAUCAAUACAAAGUUUUAAUAUAUUAACAGAAACACUUUUUAUAUAUUAUAAGAAGAACUUCGGGAUGUAAAAAUUAUUAAUUUAACGUUUGUGUCUGAUACCGUAACGUCAUUAUUGUACAUUGUUGAAUAAAUAGUCUGCAAGAA